AUGGACUCCAGCACCACUGAGCAAUGCCAGCACCUGGAGCAGGAGCUCGGCGGGGCACAGCGGCUUGCUGAUAUAACAGGGUCUCGGGCAUAUGAGAGAUUCACUGGAAAUCAGAUGGCAAAGAUUUGGAAGACAAAUCCUGGACACUACAAACAAACUGAGAGAAUAUCCCUGGUCAGUAGCUUUGCUGCUUCCCUCUUCCUUGGGGACUAUGCUGCUAUAGAUUACAGUGAUGGCUCUGGGAUGAAUUUAAUGGACAUCUCUAAGAAGGAGUGGGCACAGGACUGCCUGGCAGCCGUGGCACCUGGGCUGGGAGGGAAACUGGGGAGCCCACUGCCUUCAGUGGCAGUUCUGGGUUCUGUGUCGUCAUACUAUGUCCAGCGCUAUGGCUUCUCGCCUGACUGUAAAGUGAUAGCUUUCACAGGGGACAACCCAGGGUCCUUGGCAGGGAUGAGACUCCAAGGAGACAUUGCACGGACUCCACCGGCCAGACGUGUAGUCAGAUCAGACAGAUACCUUCAGGACUGGAUCCUCCAGGGGCCGCGAGCUUCCAGGGAGUACGAGAGGAAGCAGCUCGGUCGUGGGCUCGGAGGACACCCACUGGACCUUCAGUUCUGA